AUUUUUAAAGGUUAAAAAAUAACACUUGGGUGGAAAAAGUCUUUUGGCCUGUGUCUAAAAAGGAUAAAGCACAUGUUCAAAUCCAAGCAGAACAGACAAAACAUGGUUCCGUAAGUAGGCUUUCGUCUCAUUUCCCGGUCAAGCAUUCGCUACUUUUUCUACUCGCCUUCCUGCCACUACCUAAUCGGACCAUCUUCUUUAUAACGCCACGCAAUCCACAACUUUCAACUGCUCCAACAACGAAACUUCAACCCAGAAUCAGCGCUCCACUGAAUUGAAAUGGAAGAUAUACUGCACAGAAUCGUGAAUGUCAAUGGCUUAAACAUGCACGUGGCAGAGAAAGGCGAAGGUCCAGUCAUUCUUUUCAUUCACGGCUUUCCCGAAUUGUGGUACACCUGGCGCCACCAGAUAAUCGCCUUGGCUUCCCUCGGCUACCGAGCUAUUGCUCCGGAUCUACGUGGCUACGGUGAUACUGACGCUCCGCCUUCUGUCUCGAGUUACUCGUGUUUCCACGUUGUGGGGGACCUCAUUGGACUCCUCGACGUCGUCGCCCCUGAAGAGGAUAAGAUGUUUGUGGUGGGCCAUGAUUGGGGUGGUCUUAUUUCUUGGUACCUGUGUUUGUUUAGACCAGAUAAGGUCAAAGCUUUGGUCAACUUGGGUGUUCCUUUUAAUCCCAGAAACCCUCAGAUGAAGCCUGUUGAUGGUUUGAAAGCUGUUUAUGGUGACGAUUAUUACAUGAUCAGAUUUCAGGAGCCUGGUGAGAUAGAAGCUGAAUUUACCCAGAUUGGUACUGAGACUGUUAUCAAGGAAUUCUUUACAUACAGGACACCUGGUCCUCUUUUUCUGCCUACAGGUAAAGGAUUUGGACAUCCCCCAGAUGCUGAAAUUGUCUUGCCCUCUUGGCUAUCAGAGGAUGAUGUUAAAUACUACACCAGCAAAUUUGAGAAAGGCUUUACAGGAGGAGUGAACUAUUACCGUAAUAUGAACGUGAACUGGGAACUUACAGCACCUUGGACCGGGAGUCAAAUAAAGGUUCCUGUUAAGUUCAUCAUCGGUAACCUGGACCUGACAUAUUAUAUGCCAAGAGCCAAGGAUUACAUACACAAAGGCGGGUUCAAGCAGGAUGUGCCAUUAUUGGAGGAAGUGAUUAUAAUGGAAGGUGUAGGUCACUUCAUCAGUGAAGAAAAGGCUGAUGAGAUCAAUGAGCACAGAUACAACUUUUUUCGGAAGUUCUGAUAUGUUAUUUGGUUUCUAGUAGAUUUUUUUUCACUUCAUCUGGGAUGUUCUGUGUCAGUGCAAUGGGAGUGGUUAAUCAUUUUAUCAGAAGCAUGAAUAAUUGUGCUCGGGUACACCAUGUCAUACGACCAUGUCGAGGUUGUUCUUCAGAGUGCAAUGCUAUUUGUUUGGUAAGAAGCCAUGGUUUGUGAUUGGUGUUAUGUUUCAAAACCGUAUAAUAAGUAUGCCAUUGCUGUAAAGCCUUUUGAAUC